AUGGCGGCGGGGGCGUGGGCCGCGCUCAGGUCGGUCGUGAAGCCCUGCAUCGCCGCCUCCCUCAUAGGCCUCACCGUCUCCGACCGCUACUUCUCGGUCGCCGCCGUCCGAGGCGCCUCCAUGCACCCUACCUUCGAGGGCAGGACAGGUAAGCCCCACCUCUCCCCUCUUCGCCCACGGGCCACGGACACAACCCGCCGGAUUCUUCGGCUAUGCCUCGAGCGCUAUGACUUCUCCCGCGGCGACGUCGCACCUUCGUGUAAGCUCGCUCGCCGCCCCCGCCGCCGACGCCCCGGCCGGACUGCUUCCAGGCCGUUCCCUGAUGCUUCCAGUGGGUCAUGGGUGUGGUGGACGCCGGUGGACCACCAGAGGAAGGCGAUCAAGAGGGUGAUUGGGCUGCCCGGCGACUGGAUCAGCGUCCCGGAGACGAAGGAGAUCCGGAAGAUACCGGAGGGCCACUGCUGGGUCGAAGGGGACAAUGGCAGCGUCAGCCGGGACUCGAGAACCUACGGCCCUGUGCCGCUUGGUCUGGUGCAGGGGAGGGUGACGCAUGUGGUGUGGCCGCCCCGUAAGAUAGGCCGUGUCGACAAAAGGGUACCGGAAGGAAGGGUCAUGCCGCAGCGGAAUCUCUAGCCUCCCCAUCUUCCUUCCCCGGUUGCUUUGUCCCACAGUUUUGUUUGUUCUCACAGGAGAUUCAUCAUGUAACAAUGUAACAUCAGCGGCAGGAGGAGGCCAUUCGCUGCUCCGCCGUCGCCCGAGUGUAGGCACAACAGUAGAGUUUCUUCUUCUGUAAGCUUUACCGGCUGUAGGAACUCAUCAUUGUAAGGGGAAGCAGAGCUUUUGGUAGGAGCCUGCUAGGCUAGGAGCUGUUGCCACUCAAUUUGUCUGUGGAUCUAUGUGUUUUCGGUGGUUAAGAUCCGCUUCUGAUGAAUCACUGUUGCUGUGAUGAUGUACGAACGUUUUGAAUCCACAAGCCGAUUGAUUAUCUAUUAUAA